UCGAGAUGUAGCAAAAUGAAAGAUCCAAUGGUUUAAAACUAAGGUUUUCAGAGUGAGGAGAGCAGUACACUGUACAGUGUCAUAAAAUACCACAAAAACGUAGUUUUAGGACAAAGAGAGAGAAUUUAAAUUCAUUUAUAUUUUUUUUCAUCCGAUUUUUUUUUUUGUUGUGAGGAAAACUUUUAGGGAUUUAAUAAGGCGAUGAAGACAAGGGCACAAGGUCAUUUAUGUUCUUCUUGUUCUCCUGCUCCUGAGCUAAACCAAGGCAAGAAACUAUUUUGAUGACUACCACUGGAGAAACAAUAACCCUAGUUUAUGGCUGAAAAGAGGGAUUGCGAUUUGGGAGAAUUUGCGGCAAUGUUUGGAUCAUCAUCUAGACUGUGAAGUGUGUUAUUAUAUUCUCUGGCUUUUCAAGUGGUCUUAGAUAUUCUCCUUAUGUUGGGAUGGAAAUUUUGCCCAUAAGAGAGAGUGCAAUGCAGUAGUUGGUUUGGGAUUGGAAAGAGCUGAUAAACAUGUUAUAUUGCAAAGAACUUGAUGUAUUGUCUGAGGAUGACUUUGAAGGAUCAAAUCAAGAGCACCAGAUUUUCAUGGAUGUUUUCUAUGGAAGAAACAUCACAGGAGGUGCUUCCAAGAGGUGUAGCAUUACUGGACCUAGUAAUUCUGAACCUGAGGGAUUUAGACCUACCAAAGCAUCACUUAAUUCAAAUAGUGAUAAUUCGGUGGUGACAACUCAAUCCUCCACUUCUUUUAUGGAGGAUUCAUGCAACAAUGUUGUUGGUGAUUCUGGUUGUUUUGUGACCAAAAAUAUUGCUGGAUUUGGAUGCGGUCUCAAAAACUAUAGUGUAUCUGUUGCACGAGAUGAUCACGAUACUUCCGCUAAGCGAAUGAAGCGGUCAGAAGGCGAGCUUUCUGCUCCGGGAAAUGAUUAUUCCAAUGGUGAUUUACCUAUUCCAGAGAAGGCUCCAGUUCAAUUAAAUUCAUCAAAGGAAAUUGUGCUUAGCCUGCAGUCCGCAGACCUGUUUAACAAUUAUCCAACCAAAACAUGCCCAUUGGUUGAAUCAUCAAGUCAAGGUUUUGUAUGUACUACUUACCUGCAUACACGGCUUGAAGAAGUAAGCAGAAGAGGUCAUGCUCGUGAUGGGAAUGCCUCUAAAAGUAAGUGUGGGAAUCAAGUUACUAAAAGUACAGCAAUCACAUCUCCUGUUUCUCAGCACAUCAUUGUACCCGAGUGUUUGCUGGGGGAUGCAUCUGUUGCACAUACAUCUGUACCUCUUUUACCUGUCCAUGAAAAAUCUCUGGAAUCCUCUCCUUUUACUUCAGAUGCAAUUAAAACCAAUAUGUCAAAUAAAUCUUUAACGGAUCUAUACUCGCGUCUACGUGGCCAUGUCAACUAUUUACUUAAGGCAGCAGGUUGGGCAGUUGAGAAGAAGCAGAUAGGAAACAAACCCUAUGUGGAUACAAUUUAUAAGUCUCCCACUGGGAAAGUUUUUACUGCAUUUUAUAAAAUCUGGAACUUAUUUGGUGAGAGUCUGUUUGCUGGUAAUUACAAGAUGAUACGGCAAGAAAACGGGAAACAGUGGAAGAAUAUUAAAGAGUUCGGCUCUAACUUAUUAGAAACACUGAUAAAUUUUGAGAAAGAGGAUUGCAGUCAAAUGGAAGCUUCGUAUGCGUUGGUUCAUCAAUGGAGUCUUCUGGAUCCUUUUGUUACAGUGGUGAUGGUUAACAGACAGAUUGGUAGCUUAAGAAAGGGCAUACCAGUCAAAGCAGCCACAACUGUGGUCUCAGAUUUGAAAGAUAGAAAGGAUAUAGAGUCAGGAAAAGAGUUUGUUGGGGUUAAAGACCAGGUCAAGCAAUUGAAGGGUUCAGUGUCAGUGCAUAAUAAAUCAGGUAGCACAAAGGUGUCUGGUGACAAUCUGCAUCUUCAGACUGAACACGAUAGCCAAGAAAAUUUCUCUGUAGUUGGUGAAAAGAGAAAGAAACAGGUUGCAAAAGCUUUGACAGGUGUUUCGAUUUAUUUGAAAGAGCAACAAAAUAAAUGUAUGGUAACAGAUCCUAUGGUUGUGGCUUUAAAUCCGAUCGGAGAAACCACUAGUGACCAAAUUAAACGCUCAAAUCAGAGUUAUGUACCGAUUCAGGGACCAGAUACUUCAGAUAGCCAUAUAGAUAGUUUCCUGUAUGAUGUUCCAAUCGAAACUGUAGAUUCAGUGGCUAAGGAGACUGAGGCUGUGCCCACUCAGCAAGAUGGCAGGUUAAGUUUUUCAAGCUUUGUUAAACCGACUACUAGAAGGAUAGAGGCCAAGACCGUGAAAGGUGUGUUACCUGAAGUUGUUAAUGCUGAUGGUAUCGAAUUUGUCAUGCCAAGAUCAACUUCUUCUGUUCCAGGAGGCUCUUUGGGUAAUGAUUUGGCUCAAGGUUCUACGGCGUUGGAGUUAGCGCAAUCAAACUCCAAGGGUCUAAAGGAAACUAAAGUUAAGUUUAUAUAUGAUAAUAGUCAAUUUAGAGAUGAAGUUGAGUCAAUUCCAUUUGAUCUGAAUUUGGGCAUGCAAAACGAAGUAGGUGGUAAGAAAGCAGUGGAAAUUUUUACACCCGCUGAAGCAAUUCCAGAAAAUGCGCGAAAGAACUUUGAACAAUCCGAGCAUCGUGAUGAUGAGAGCUGCAGUGGCUCUGAAGCUUCAAACUUUAAGGUGGACCCAACAUCUGAAAUAACAGGGACUAGGCUGACAAAGAAGAGGCACAAGAAGUGUAAAAGCUUGUCCGAAAUUAAAGUGACUAGAUUAUCCAGUAAGCGUCAGAAGGAAGUUGAGAUGCUUAACUGUGAAAAACAAAAACAUAAAAGUUCUUCGUCUGUCAGAUUUUCCCAGCACCAAUUAGCAACAGAUUCUAAGUUAAAAAAAACUAAAUAUAAGCAUAAUAAUUCCGAAGUAUCAGUUUUGGGUGAUGUAAAGGAUGAACAGAAGCCCAAUUCCUUGAGGCAUACCAAUGGAGCUUUGGUACACAACUGCAGUGGUUCUAAAAACGCCUCUUAUAGUAAAGUCACCAGGUUGGGAAGAGCAGAAGUUGACAAAAAACAUGGAAGAAAGAGAUCGCGUGGGUGCCAGAUAGAUGAUGAUGAUCUCUUGCUUGCAUCUAUCAUAAUAAACAAAGACCUCAGCACUAACCGCAAGCAGUUUGCCCGAAAACGCAGGAAAUCGUCAGCUUUGAGAAAACAGAAGCGUAAGGAGGGCGGUUGUAAGUUACUCUUGCGAAGUCCUGGGAGAGGUGGAAAGCACUAUACCGAAAGGAGGUGGUCAUCCUCAGGAGCAAGAACUGUGUUAUGCUGGCUAAUUGAUUCCGGCGUUAUAUCUGUUAAUGAUGUGGUUCACUAUCUAAGCCCAAAGGGCGAUACAGUGAUUAAAGAUGGCUGGGUCACUAAAGAUGGCAUCCUUUGUAAGUGUUGUGAUAGAGUUCUAUCUGUUAUCGACUUCAAGGUUCAUGCUGGUUUCAAGCCGUACAAACCCUGUUUGAAUCUUUUCCUGGAAUCGGGUAAGUCGUUUACCCUGUGCCAGCUUGAGGCUUGGUCAGCUGAAUACAAAGUCAGAAAAGAUGGACAAAGAGCAGCCGAAGGUGACGAGGGGGAUCAGAGUGAUGAUACAUGUGGACAUUGUGGUGAUGGAGGUGUAUUGAUAUGUUGUGAUAACUGCCCUUCUACUUAUCAUCAGGCGUGCUUGUCUGAACAGGAAUUUCCUGAAGGUAGUUGGUAUUGCUGGAAUUGCACUUGUCACAUUUGUGGUGACCUGGUAAUUGAACUUGAAGCUUCAACAUCUCCUGGUGUAUUAAAAUGCUCACAGUGUGAUCAUAAAUAUCAUGGAACUUGCGCGAAAGAAAGUGGCACCUUUAAAGAGGUUUCUGACACAUGGUUUUGUGGAGCUAACUGCCAGCAGAUUUUCACAGGUCUUCGUUCUCGGAUUGGAAAUUUGAAUCAUAUUGAUGGUGGCUAUUCCUGGACACUUCUUAGAUGUAUCCAAGGCGACCAAAAAGUUCCUUCAGCACAGAAAUUUGCACUGAUGGCAGAGUGCAACCCAAAAUUAGCUGUUGCUCUUACAAUCAUGGAGGAAUGUUUUGUUCCCAUGGUUGACCCAAGGACGGGCGUAGAUAUGAUACCGCAGGUCAUAUACAACUGGGGAUCGGAUUUCGCACGUCUAAAUUAUCAAGGAUUUUACACCUUGGUUUUAGAGAAGGGGGACGAGGUUAUAUCUGUAGCAUCUGUCAGGGUGCAUGGAGUCACUGUGGCAGAAAUGCCUCUUAUCGCAACUUGUAGCGACCAUCGUCGGCAGGGAAUGUGUCGGCGCCUCUUAAAUGCUAUUGAAGAGUUGUUGAUAUCCUUCAAGGUUAAAAUGCUGGUAAUAACUGCAAUUCCUAGUUUGGUGGAUACUUGGACAGAGGGCUUCGGGUUUAUACCCAUGGAAGAUGAAGAAAAGAAGCAGUUAAGCAGCAUCAACUUCAUGAUAUUUCCAGGAACAAUAUUGCUUAGAAAGAACUUGUAUGAGAAAGAUGCCUGCAAGACUAAAUAUUCAGAACCAGGUUCUCCGAGGCAGGCAGGAGCCAUAAGAAGCUUUUGUGUUGGUGAUCGUAGUACCGUUGUAAACUCCACUUUGGAUGAUGGCAAGAGUCGUGUUGUUGGGCCAAAAUCGGAGCAGUUGGAACAAGAAAGAAGUAGGGAUGAUCAUGAACUUCUCCCAUCACUUUCAGAGGGUUCUGUUCCAAGUUUUGUAGAAAAAGAACUUGAAAUCAUCUCUACUACUGUGAGGAAAUAUUCUAGUACUCCGGAGAAAGAAAACUCAGAAAAAGUAAGAAGGUAGUCGUUCUUUUGGACAGUAAAUCACUACCCAAUGAAAGAGAUCAUAAUAAUAUGUACAUGUUGUAGAAUUAAAUGCUGGUAGCGUUACUUUAAAGUUGGUCAUGCAGUUUACGUUUUUUGGGUCGACCUUGUAAGGAGUUGGCGCACCAAGAUGCUGGGUCAUACCUACAGGUCCCGGUCUUGUUAGAAGGAAAAUGGAUCAAUUUUUACCCUUUUUUUUGUGAUCGGGGGAAAUGUGUUUGCUUUUCCUGUUUUCCUUA